AUGGGCAAAAAGCGCGUCCUCGUAAGCUACGGUGUCGACAUCGACGCAGUCGCGGGCUGGCUCGGCUCCUACGGCGGCGAAGACAGCGUUAGCGACAUCAGUCGGGGCCUCUGGGCUGGGCACGUCGGCACGCCACGCCUGCUCAAGCUCUUCGCGAAAUACAACAUCAAAGCAACCUGGUUCAUACCGGGACACACGCUCGAGACCUUCCCAACAGAAUGCGCCGCAGUGCGAGACGCAGGCCACGAGAUCGGCCUGCAUGGCUACUCACACGAGAACCCCGCGGCCAUGAGCGCGUCCCAACAACGCGCUAUCCUCGACAAAACGUACCACCUUCUCAAAGACUUUUCCGGGAAGCCCCCGCGCGGCAUUGUGGCGCCGUGGUGGGAGGCAAGCAGUGAGAUGGUGGAGCAGUUACUUUCCUACGGGAUUGAGUAUGAUCAUUCGAUGUCGCAUGAGGACUGCCAGAUGUAUUGGUUACGGACGGGGGAUAAGUGGACGAAGAUCAAUUAUGAGCAGGAGGCGGAGACGUGGAUGAAGCCGUUGGAGCGGGGGCAGAUGACGGGGCUCGUGGAGAUUCCUGGCAGUUGGUAUAUUGAUGAUUUGCCGCCGAUGAUGUUUAUUAAGAAUUCGGCGAAUAGUCAUGGGUGGGUGAAUCCGCGGGAUGUGGAGGAUAUUUGGAAGGAUCACUUCGACUAUUUCUACCGCGAGUACGACGAGUUCGUCUUCCCGAUGACGAUCCACCCGGAUGUCUCUGGGCGGCCGCAUGUUCUCCUCAUGCACGAAAGGAUUAUUGAGUACAUUAAUCAGCACGAGGGGGUGGAGUGGGUGACGAUGGAGCAGAUGUGUGAUGAGUUUAAGCAGAAGAAUGAGCCGCCGGCGGGGGCGUUGAUGCCGGUGCCGAUGUCACAUAGCUGA